AUGUCCCAAGCACAAGAACAGUUGGAAGCAAUCCCUGGCUAUGACAUAGCCAUGGAUUACUUUAACGACUACGCUGGCGAACACUUCAAUGGUAGAGAUCCCUACGAAGACAAAGAAGGCAACAAGGUGCGACUACCCUCUACCGCCACCAAAGAGGAACAGAAGGCAUGGAAGAAGAUACAACGAAGAGCGUGGAUGCACGAUAAGUGCUUCUUAGGAUCGUGUGGAGUGGGGCUCGAUUGUGGGCUAGGGCUAGCCCCAAUCGUAGUGUUGGUUCCUGUGAUGGGCCCUCUCUUGAUGUACGCCGUACACACUCGUCUUCUAAGCAUCGCUCAGGAGAGGAUGAUGUUUCCAAACAAGGUGGUGGCGAAGAUCCACUCGUUGAUCUUGUUGGACUUGGUGUUGACCUUGCCUCCUCUCAUAGGCUCGUUCUUUGGCUGGAUGAACGGGUGCUCGACCAAGACGGCAGCCACAAUCUUCGAGUAUAUGAUCUAUGUGGCAAAGAGGAGAGCUGAGAACAAGGAGCCUACCUACUUGGGAACAGGCCCUAUCAGAGACGAACCGCUAGGCACAAACCCUCCUAUCAUUCCAAGCCAGAGACAGCAUCAGUACUCCAAACCAGGCAAAAAAGCGAGAAAAGGGCACAAUCAGAUAGAGGUUGGGCAACAGCAGUCAGGGUUUGUCUAA